AACAAUUCAACCGGCUCCAAGGCAAAGUUUGUACUUGCAUGAAUUUAAUUCGUUGAUUUGCCAUAAAAAAGAGUAGAGGGUUCGAAAUAUACAAUCUGUUAAUGAAUUUUCUUAAAGAAUAUAUCCUAUAAACAAUCUAAAGUUUUUGUUAGUCUGCGAUCGGCCAAUCAAGACAAAGUUAAUCAGAGUGCGCGCGCGCAGGCGUAGGGAUACAGGAUUCGCAGAAAGCUAGCUAAGAGAGGAGCCUCCCUUCCCGUUCGUUCGUGAGCCGCGACCCCCGCGACUGGACACUGCGCCUAUCCAGUUCCACCAGAUCGAGGCUCUCGUGAAAGUGUAGGUUAAAGUGCUUGUUUACGUGAUUUUUCUCACCGGCUACUACAUCACGAAAUGGCGUCUGGAGUAACAGUGGCCGACGUUUGUAAGACAACGUACGAGGAGAUUAAAAAAGACAAAAAGCAUCGAUAUGUAAUCUUUUACAUUAAGGACGAGAAACAAAUUGACGUUGAAGUCAUCGGACCUCGCGACGCAGUUUACGACGCCUUCCUUGACGAUUUGCAAAAAUGUGGUGCCGGAGAAUGUCGCUAUGGCCUCUUUGAUUUUGAAUACACUCAUCAAUGUCAGGGUACUUCUGAGGCUUCUAAGAAACAAAAAUUGUUCUUGAUGUCGUGGUGUCCUGACACGGCUAAAGUUAAGAAGAAGAUGUUGUACUCGAGUUCUUUUGAUGCUUUGAAAAAAUCCCUAGUUGGUGUACAAAAGUACAUACAGGCAACAGACCUCUCAGAGGCCUCUGAAGAAGCUGUUGAAGAGAAGCUCCGAGCCACUGACAGGAAUUAGGAGUAUUUCAGCAAAUCCAAAAUUAUUAAUAUUAUUGAGAGAAAUCAAGUGAAAAACAGUACGCAAAUUCCCUUCCCCAAAAUAAUGCUCUAUACCGUCGUCGCAUCGAACGUUCACGUUUUUACACAUUUUUUCACGUUUAAACGAAAACGAUUAUUAAGUAUUUGUGCUACAUGUAUUAGUCAUUGGGGAGCGUAAACAUUAGCAGAAAGGAACGUAAAAGGAACAAAAAGUAUAUAAAGAAAAAAACACUUUUCAUACUGCGAACGUUGUGUGAAUCUGUCUGAUAUAAUAUUAAUAUUAUACUAUUAUUAUAAUUAUAAGAUACUUGUAAAAGAAUAACAGUUUACAACCAGUCAGGCAGUAAGAAUGAAAGCAUUACACUUUUGUCAUGGGCUGUAUAAUGUUUAAAUUAAAUUCAUUUCAUAAUGA